AGUAACCGUAACUCUCACGGGAUGUCUCAAAGGGCAGAUAAGUGAAUCGUUCCGGAGAGAAAGUAAAACACGUGUGUAUAUUGAUAAUCUUUUGUCAUUAGAUAUUGUACUUAAUGGUUUUUACCUGAUACGCUUGAAGAUGAAUCGUCCACCAAGCAUUGUACCUUGCAUCGCAUGGGUGAAACGAGGAAUUGCUAAGAAAAAUCCAGACAAGAUUCAGCUGGAAAAAGAUGAAUUAAAAAGACUCAUCUCAGAAGCUCAAGAGGCCCUUGAUGAUAAUUCAGGAGAGGAAAAUGACGAGGAAAUCGAAGAAACAGAAGAGGGAAAUGACCCCUUAAAGACUUCAAAAGAGAAGAAAAAGAAAAUAAAGGAUAAGAAGAAAAGGGAAAAUCCUUCUGAUGAUGAUGAUGAUGACUUCAUCAAGAAGUAUGGUUUGGAUGACUAUGAUGAGGAAGAGGAAGAAAGAAAUCCACUGACUGGUAUAGGCGAGGUUUGUGAGUUUGUGACAAGUGAAGACGAUCCUUAUAUAACUUUGAAAAAUGACGAGGACAGUGACAGUGAGGACAAUGUAAUCAAGCCUACAGACAAUCUCAUCAUCAAUGGCCGAUACCACGACGAGUCAUGUGUGCUUGAAAUUCAUGUGUACAAUGAAGAGCUUGGAAACUUGUACAUUCAUCACGACUACCUGUUGGCCUCAUUCCCAUUGGCAGUGGAGUGGCUGAACUAUGAUGUAGCUGAUGGAAGCAUGGGUAAUUUUGUUGCUUUGGGGACAAUGGAGCCAGUUAUUGAGAUCUGGGAUCUUGAUGUCUUGGAGUCUCUUGAACCUGUUGCCAGACUGGGUGAAGUGGUUAAAAAGAAGAAGAAGGCAAAGAAGAAAGUUUCAGUUGGUGGUCAUACUGAUGCAGUGCUAGACUUAUCCUGGAAUCACACUGUAAGGAAUGUACUGGCCAGUGCGUCAGCUGACUUUACAGUUGGUGUGUGGGAUCUCUCUGAAGGAAAAAUAGUUACAUCACUAACACAGCAUAAAGAAAAGGUGCAGUGUGUGAAAUGGCAUCCACAGGAAUCCCAGACAUUACUUAGUGGUUCAUUUGAUCAGACAGUCAAAGUGUUUGACUGUCGAAGUCCAAGUGACACCCACAAGAGCUGGAGUGUGGAAGGAGAGGUUGAGCGAGCAAUAUGGAAUGUGCACAAUCCUAUCCAGUGUCUGGCAAGCACCGAUAAGGGAAUGAUAUACUGUAUGGACAUCAGGAGUGAAAAGCCUGUCUUCACUUUGUCUGCCCAUGACAAAACCGUCACAGGAGUGUGCUUUAGCUCCCAGAUACCAGGUUUGCUUGUCACAACUUCUGAGGACAAAACCAUGAAGGUGUGGGAUGUCCUAGACAGCAAACCAUCGUGCAUUUUAUCUCGCAACAUGAGAAUGGGUCAGAUCCAUAGCGCAGGUUGUUGCCCAGAUGCCCCAUUUGUUUUCGCCUUCGGUGGAGAAGGUGAGGUGAAAGUGUGGGAUAUUCGAGAGAGUGCUGCAGUACGCAAACACUUCAUUAAUCGCAUGCCAGCUAAACUGGCCCAGGAAUGUGAAGGAGAUGAAAGUGAUGUUAAAAUCAAUAAGGAUGAUGACCCAGUUGAAGCUAUGGAAAGGCUUAAUGUUGAUGAGGAAGAAGAGGCUGGUGUACACGCUCCUUCACCACCAAAAAAGAAGAAGAAAAGGAAGCAAAAGAAGCCAAAGAAAACAGUCCUUGUCUUGUGAUUGUAAAAAUAUGUUUAUAGAACAUUGUACAUUAAAUGGUGAACAGACAUCUGUUUAAACCAGCUAUGUUACCUGCUUUAUGUGGCUAGAUAAAAUUGCUAAAAGAA